UGUGUUUGAGGGCCCAGUAACUAUAGUAAAAUUAUAGAUAUAAAAUUGUCGGGAAUAAUAUGUUAUUUGGUCAGGAAUUUUUGGGAGGGGCAUAUUUUUCUGGCAGUCAUAAGACAAAAUUGACACAUUUGGUGAUCGAUCUUUCAAGUUAUCAUAAAAAGCUUCAGCCCUUUUUUUAUGAAUUCUUUUUUGAAUCAUUAGAUCCGAUUUAGUUCUUUCGUCAACACAUGUUUUGAUUUUUUCCGUGUAUUGUAAACAUACGGAGCAAACAUCAGUUUGAGGUGAGCCAAAUCCUAGGUUAAAUUUUGUGUUAAAAAUGUUUCUGAAAUAGCUUCUCUUUACAUUUACGGAGCUGUCCGCUUGGCUAUUAUAUAUUUUCCACAACUUGUUAACACUAAGUUCUGCCGGUAGAUAUAAUCUUUCGCUACUACCUCGACAGUAGUGUGGCUCUGAACAAUUUAUGCCCAAUUUCACCAACGACCCCUAAACAGUCACAUAGUUAAGCGACCGCUAAGCUAAAAGGUCCCCUAAACCAACCCUUAACUAAAAUUUGUUUUCACGAACGCAACUGUCCCCUAACUAUGGGACUCCUCCCUAUGUGACAGAUUUUUUUUGACGAUAGUGCUUGAAACAAAAUUAUAGGUACCGGUUUUAUCGUAAAUGAUUUAUUGUUAUGCAAUAAAUACAUAUUCAUGUCUUAUUUUAACUAAGAAAUAUUCAUAUUGUAUUUUGACCGAUACAUAUACGCAUUCUAAGUGAAUAUUUAAUAAAAACAUCGUAUUUAUAGGCUAUGUUAGACAAGUCACCGUAUUUGACACUCUUUUUGAUCUGUGCCAUAGCCAUAGAGUAGGAAUGAGAAGUGCUUUGACCACGCUUUGACUGUUACGAUACGAGGUAAUAGCUUAGCUAUAUUGUAUUUUGUGAACUUAAAAUCAGUUAUUUCAUUUUGUAAAAUACAUUGUUUUAUAAUUAUGGGCGAAAAUAAAAGAAAGCGAUGCCAAAAUUUUACAUUUGAUGAAAAGGAUAGACUUGUUAAGCUUUUGGAUGAUUAUAAAGAUAUAAUUUUAAAUAAAAAGACGGACGGCACAACCAAUCAGGCCAAGAAUGAAGCGUGGGUUAAUUUGUGUACACAAUUUAAUUCCACAGGGACCACAGCUAGAAGUAAGGAAUCCCUUAUGAGAGUCUGGGAGAAAAUGAAGACUGAUGCGAAACUUUACAAGUCGCGUUUCAAAAGCAGUCAUUCUGGCACCGGAGGUGGUCCAUCAUGUUUUAACCCUGAUCCAAUACUGGAGCAAGUCAGUGACUUGAUGGGCCGAGGGUGUACAGGGAUAGCUGGCGUCCAAGAUUCCGAUGCUGACGCACAAAGCAAUGAAACCAAUUGGGCUGAUGAAAAUGACUUGUCUUUAUCCGAAAAGAUGAUGCUGCGUAAUUUGAGGGACAAAGCCUUUUUUUUGUGCAAUACAAGCAAUAUAGAAAACAUUGAAAAAGAAAAUAAUCUUGAUGAGAUUGCAACACCAUCGUCGUCUCAAGUUUUGAAGUCCACACAUCCUGUAUGGAAAAGACGAAGACCAGAACUCAAAGCUGAAGCUGUUUCUACAGUAUGUGGAGGCUUCAAAGAGUUAAAUAAUAAAAAGGUUAUUGCGGAGGAGUUGAAAAUAAAAAUUUUGGAAGAAGAGUUACAAUUUAAAAGAGAGUUAUACCAGCUGCAAUUGGAAACGGCAAAAAGGGAGUUGGAUAUCAAAACAGAAGUAUACAACCAACCAAAAGGUAUGUAUGUUUUUUAUUUAAUGGUGAAAUAACAAUCAUAUGCAUUUUACAUAAAAAAUGAAAUAUUUAUUUAUAAGUUUUCAAAAUAUUGUGUCAAUUGAUAUCUGCGUGCUCCAUAUGUUGAUGAUGCCCGGUAGCUAAUCAGCUUCGGUAAUAGAUAAAAUAGCUUUUCGGCAUCGGUGAGUAAUGGAUUAUUAUCUACCACUGACUUGAAGGUCGUAUAGAACAUCUGAAAGGAUUUUAUGUCACCAUCGAAAUCUAAUAUCGAUAUGGGAGCCAGCUUUGGCUUGGCCUUUAGAAGCGCGGGACUCACAGUAUAAUAUGUUUCCGGUGUCGAAUCGGAAGUUGAGCAUUUUGACAGAAUCCGUUUGACCCUACUACACAAAGUCUCAAAAGCAUACAGACAGUGAUAAUUAGGACUUGCUUCAGGAUUUAAUUGCAAUAAACAAGAAUUACAAUCGUCCACGAUGGACUCGAAUCUUUCGCGCAACGAAUCAAUCUGUGACGAUUCAUCGAGAAAAUGUUCCCUUUUUUCGUCAUUAGUAUGAAUGUCGUCAUCACGAAACAAUUCGAAGAUAUUUUGCAUAAUUCCAUAUGUAGCUUCACGUGUAGCAAGUAAAAUAGUCAAUUUAGCAUCUUGAAUAUCUUCACUCUCACUUGAAUCUUCCUUCGAUUUAGA